AUCGGUGGUGAGAAGUGGAUCUCAGGCGAUGGUCUCAGAACACUCUUUUCUUCCUCGUGCCUGCGCCGAAAAAGCCUCAGUUGUAAGGUUUAAUGCUUGCUUUAGAGAGAAGCGCUGCGGCCACGUUCCGGCGCCCACCUUAUGCUCAACCCUCGAAAUGGCGCCAGCCCCGGGGGCGCGGCUCCAAGCUGCGGUGGGAGACGGAGGGAAGCGCCCGUCGGGUGGCCUUGGCUUUCGGGUCACAGGGCCCUGGGCUCGGACCUUUCGGAGCCCGCCGGUUCCGGUACCCACGCUGAUCCCGCCAAGCAGGGGCGAACCAGGUAGCAGAAACUCCCCAACAAGCGAUCUGGGAGCCGCGAACUGGCGUGGCUGGCGGCGCCGGAAUUCUGCGUCACGACCUGGGCGGCGACCUGUCGCUGACGCCAUCAGCCCGGCACCUGCCAACAUGGAAGGGGGGGGCGGGGGGGCGGGCCUUGGCGCUCUGGGCUCUGGAGCGGCUGCAGCGACAGUCCGAGAGCUUCUGCAGGACGAGUGUUAUAGUGACUUUUUAAAUGAGGACUUUGAUGUAAAGACUUAUACUUCCCAAUCUAUUCAUCAAGCAGUGAUUGCUGAACAACUAGCAAAACUUGCCCAAGGAAUCAGUCAGUUGGAUAAAGAACUACACUUACAGGUUGUUGCAAGACAUGAAGAUUUACUGGCACAAGCAACUGGAAUUGAGUCUUUGGAAGGUGUUCUUCAGAUGAUGCAGACAAGAAUUGGAGCUUUACAAGGAGCUGUUGAUAGAAUGAAAGCAAAAAUUGUUGAGCCUUAUAACAAAAUAGUAGCCCGUACUGCACAACUAGCAAGACUUCAGGUUGCCUGUGAUUUGCUUCGGAGGAUUAUUCGCAUCUUGUAUCUCAGUAAGAGACUUCAAGGACAACUGCAAGGGGGAAGUAGAGAAAUAACAAAAGCUGCUCAGAGUCUCAAUGAACUUGAUUAUCUUUCUCAAGGAAUAGACCUUUCUGGAAUAGAAGUUAUAGAAAACGAUCUACUUUUUAUUGCAAGAGCUCGACUUGAAGUGGAAAAUCAAGCUAAGCGCCUACUGGAACAGGGUGUAGAGACUCAGAAUCCAACUCAGGUUGGAACAGCUCUUCAGGUUUUCCAUAAUCUUGGAACUUUGAAGGAUACUAUUACCAGUGUCGUGGAUGGAUAUUGUGCUACUUUAGAAGAAAAUAUAAACAGUGCAUUAGACAUCAAAGUUUUGACUCAGCCUUCCCAGUCAGCUGUGAGAGGGGGUCCUGGACGAUCUACUAUGCCAACCCCAGGAAAUACUGCAGCUUUUCGUGCUUCCCUCUGGACCAAUAUGGAGAAACUUAUGGAUCAUAUUUGUGCUGUUUGUAUACAGGUACAACAUCUACAAAAAGUAUUAGCCAAGAAGAGAGAUCCUGUUUCUCACAUUUGUUUCAUUGAUGAAAUAGUUAAGGAUGGACAACCUGAAAUUUUAUACAUGUUUUGGAAUUCGGUUACUCAGGCACUUUCUUCUCAAUUUCAUAUGGCAACAAACUCUUCUAUGUUUUUGAAACAAGCAUUUGAAGGAGAAUACCCUAAAUUGUUGCGUCUUUAUAAUGACUUAUGGAAGCGUCUUCAACAAUACAGUCAAAAUAUCCAAGGGAAUUUUAGUGCAAGUGGAACUUCAGACCUCUAUGCUGACCUACAGCACAUAGAAGAUGAUACACAAGACAUAUUCAUACCAAAAAAGGCAGACUAUGAUCCAGAAAAGGCUUUGAAAGACUCACUGCAACCCUAUGAGAGUGCUUAUCUAUCCAAAUCCUUAUCUCGACUCUUUGAUCCUAUCAACUUGGUUUUUCCACCUGGUGGUCGUAAUCCUCCUUCCUCUGAUGAACUUGAUGGAAUCAUUAAAACCAUAGCAAGUGAACUAAAUAUAGCUGCUGUUGAUGCAAACCUCACAUUAGCUGUGUCCAAAAACGUGGCGAAGACCAUCCAGUUAUAUGGUGUGAAAUCAGAGCAGCUUCUCUCCACACAAGGAGAUGCAAGCCAGGUGAUUGGGCCUCUUACUGAAGGACAGAGAAGAAAUGUGGCAGUAGUAAAUUCACUGUAUAAAUUACACCAGUCAGUAACAAAGGUGGUUUCCAGUCAGAGCUCAUUCCCACCAGCAGCUGAGCAAACUAUAGUUUCAGCCCUAAAGACAAUUCAUGCUCUUAUGGGAAAUGCUGUGCAACCCUUACUGACAUCAGUGGGAGACGCAAUAGAAGCCAUAAUCAUCACCAUGCAUCAGGAAGAUUUUUCUGGGUCAUUACCCAGCUCAGGAAAGCCUGAUAUUCCUUGUUCUCUGUACAUGAAGGAGCUACAAGGUUUUAUUGCCAGAGUUAUGAAUGACUAUUUUAAACACUUUGAGUGCUUGGAUUUUGUCUUUGACAACACUGAAGCUAUUGCCCAAAGAGCAAUCGAACUUUUCAUCCGUAAUGCCAGUCUCAUAAGAACUCUUGGUGAAGGUGGGAAAAUGCGACUCGCUGCUGAUUUUGCACAGAUGGAGUUGGCUGUCGGUCCAUUCUGCAGACGAGUAUCUGAUUUAGGAAAGUCCUAUCGAAUGCUGAGAUCAUUCAGACCACUGCUCUUCCAGACAAGUGAGCACGUGGCCAGCAGUCCCGCGCUGGGGGACGUUAUUCCAUUCAGCAUCGUUAUUCAGUUUUUGUUCACAAGAGCACCGGCUGAGCUGAAAUCCCCCUUCCAGAGGGCAGAGUGGUCCCACGCACGCUUCUCCCAGUGGCUGGAUGACCAUCCAUCAGAAAAGGACAGGCUUCUCCUCAUCAGGGGAGCCCUAGAAGCUUAUGUCCAAUCAGUGAGAAGUAGAGAAGGCAAAGAAUUUGCACCAGUUUAUCCCAUAAUGGUUCAGCUGCUUCAAAAAGCUCUGUCUGCUCUUCAGUAACUGUGAAGUCUCUGUAAAUCUCCACUUUGUGAUAAUCCAGUCAAGAGUGGCAGUUAAGGGCACUAUAAAGGAGAGCCAUUGCUUUACAAGUGUUAAUUGAUUUUUCGCUAUUUCCUCUUCAGCACUUCUAAGUAGCACAGCAAAAAAUGUCAAAAGAUUCAUCAUCAUAGCCUUUAAAUUCCAUGGACCUGAAUCUUCCAGAAAGAUCCAACUCUUUUCCUCUUUCGUAUUUUUGUAGAAACUAGCUAAAGUCCUUGCUCAUCACAUAACUGAGUCCCCCAGGAUACACACAGUCACCAUACUUUACAAAGGAUAUGAUCAAGUCAUGUAAGAACCUGCUUCAUCCAGCCUGCCCUCUCUUCAUUUAUGUAGCCCAGUGUAUCCCAAACUGGCUACAUUCAUGUCACUGGAAGGCAUUUUUUUGGGUUUUUUUUGCUGUAGGGCACAUGCGCUCACCAGAAAGACAGAGACAGAGAGACAGAAAGCAAGAAAUCAGCCCCCAGGUGGGAUGCCACGCCACAAUC